AUGGAUGAAAACGACGAACAAGACCGCGAAAAAGAAGAGGUAAAAUCUAAAGCGAUAGUAAAAUAUUCCGCCCCAAAGCCGGCGACUUUCGCCAAGUUGCAAUGUAAUACGGACCUAAAUUUGCCCCCUUCCAACUGGUUAAGCAGUUCCGCGGACUCUUACGGCCUCCAAAGAGUGUUGUAUCAUCAGAAAGGCUUUUCAAGUUUCAGAAUGGCUCACAUGUUUCCUGACAACGUCGGCGAAGUAGACGUGGUCUCGGACGCGGAAAAUAUUAAAAACUUGCUAAAGAUACCUUACAGCAAAGGCCACAUAAGCAUGAUCGUGCACCGUGUGAAAAACACCUUGCUGGUUGACGAAUUCGAUAUUUACAAGCAUCUCCUAAAAACUUCCGAAACAGAAUGGGAGUGGCUAAAAAAAUUUUUCUCCGAAAACAUCGACAAGGAGACGUAUGAGGAAGACAAACAGCUCUACUUGAAGGAGAGAACCCACAAGGCGCUCAAACAAAAAAGUCUGGUCUCCAAGUUUUUGUACCAUAGCCUUGUGGAGGGAGAAAACGCCGAUGGGGGACUCGAAAAUAUCGAUGUUUCCAAGCCUUUGGGAUCGUAUUCGUUGACGACAACGCCUCAGCUGCCAGAUCCUUCACCUGACACUGAAUGCCCCAACUCCCAUCCGCUCGCUGGUCAAUUCAAUCGGAACGUAAUCUGGACUUUUGAAGACAUCGAGAUGUUGCUAGGGACCGAUAUGCCUAUAUUUGGCGGCGGCACACAUCCGUGCAUUUCCUUGAGGUUAAGCGAUAUGAGCAAACCAAUAUCGGUCCUGACUGGUAUUGAUUAUUGGCUCGAUAAUCUGAUGUCUAACGUGCCGGAGCUUGUAAUGUGUUACCAUUUGAACGGGAUCGUCCAGAAGUACGAACUGAUCAAAACGGAGGAGCUGCCGCGACUGGAUAAUUCGCGAUUUUCGCCCAAACUGAUACGGGACGUUGCCCAGAGUAUCUUGUCAUUUUUAAAAUCAAACGCCACCAAAGCGGGCCACACUUAUUGGCUGUUUAAGGGUAAAGGUGAAGAGGUAGUGAAACUUUACGAUCUGACGAGCUUAUGCUCCGAAGAGGACGUCAACAGGGGACAGAACCCGUUCACUAUCCCUGUGGCGAUGCUCCUGUACCGAGUGGCUCGCAACAUGAAGCACUCGUGCGACAGCAAACCCCAACCGGGCACUAUCCGCAUGCUCCUUAAAAACUGCAUCAAACUACUCCCGGAAGAGAAAUACCCGGAAAUAGCAACGUCAGCCCAUUACAUGCUGUCCGACCUGUACGUGCCGGCUGACGUCGACCCCGAGCAUCCGGACCUAGACCAAGGCGGAUUAGAAGACGACGUCGGUAGCGUGUACGAAGACGACGACGACUUGGACGACAACGAUUCUGUCGCUACACUAGACUUGACCAAAUGUCAGGACGUCGUUAAAUCGAGCAAGCACUAUAAACAACCGCCCCCGAUUACGGGCAGCAUCGAGGAACGGUGCAUGCAGUCAAUCGGCCACGUGACGUCGGGGCUCUCUUGCCUCCAAUUCUUCCCGGAGCAAACCAACGACGGCAUCGAAGGCGAAAUCCCGAUGGCAAAGCCUUUCGAGGCGAUCCCCAUGCCGUACGCGAAACUCGACGCGGACCCCGAGCCCGCCGUUACCAAACGUUCGAAAAAGAAAGACAAAAAGCGUAAAACGUCAGCGAACGACAAACCGAACGAAUCUCCCAACGCGUUACUCGUCAAACCGAAGAACGAGGCUAGGAAGGCGUGGCCUUGCUACGACGACAGCGCUAUCUCGUGGAAGACGCACCUGAAAACGCUUCUGUUUGAGAAGGCGGUGCUCGUCUACGCCACCCUCGUUGAGCAGUAUUUUCUCAAGGCGCGGUAUGGCUCCGCCCUGAGGGUGCUCGCGCUCCUCGCUCGCUGUCAACUCGCUUUGGACCGCCUCCACGCGUCGCCCGGCGCGCUCAGACUCAGUUGCCUCGUGGGGCGCGUCGGCGACGCGUGUCUAAUGGUCGUGCAGAACUGGAAACACUCGGACGCCUAUCGGGAGCAACUCCACGCCCAUCGAGACGACGACGUGCGUCUGCUAGAGAAGCUCGAACUGGACGAGCGAACGGUCGGUGUUAAUUUGGGCGAUAGCGAGACGCGUUGCGUGUUCGUGCACGACGUGCGGACAAUAGAACAGAUGUUGGUCAAGGCGGUCGAGUGUUACGACGUGGCAUUGAAGAUGUCGCCGUCCGAGAGUUUGUCGUUUAGGCUCGCGAACGGUUUGAACGAACUAGCCAGCUACCACUUGAACGUCGCGAAACAAUCGAAAAGUCCGCGGGACGUGCGCGCGGCUUGCGACAAGGCGGAGCCCUAUCUCGUGCGGAGUCUCGAAAUAUUCGAGCGACUCAACAACGACGCGAACAUAGCGCUGCUGAACUCCAACGUCGGCCACAUGCAUCGCAUGUUGGCCUACGCCCAUGGCCCCGACGACGAUAGCGACGUAAUGACCGCGCACAAGCAGAAACACUACCACAAGGCGAUCCAGAGCUACAAGAGGGCGUUACGUGUACUCGGCCAACGAAAACACUGUCCGGGGAUAUGGGACGCAGUCACGUGGGAGCUAAGCACCGCCCUCUUCACUGCCGCUUGCAUCCUGUACGAAAACCCGCCCGCGGAAUUGAGCAAGCCGGAAGCGGAAAGAGAGGUGCUGGAAUCUCUGCAACGGGCGUUGGAACAUUGCGAUCUCGACGAGGCCAAUCCGAAGUACCCGCUUUACCAAUACCGUGCCGCAAUGCUGCAUUUCAAGAUGGCGUCCGUGUGGCACCGGCACGCGUGGGACGAGAACGCAGACUCGAAACGUCACGCCUUCCAACUAGCAACGCGCCAUUACGACAAGGCCGUCCGGCUGUUGUUUUUGUCAGGAGAGGCGGUACCGUACUUGACCGCGCAGAUGCAGAAAAUUCACUUGUACGAACUGACCGCGGACGGUGGCGUCGCGACGCAAGCCAAGCUCAAAAACUUGCACGCUUGUCUCGAGGCUUUCGUCGAGAUGGCGGACAUGCUGCAGUUGGUUAUCGAGGGGAAGGUGGAGGUGCCAGAGGCCAACGGCGAGGUACCGUCCGGUGCCGAGUUUAAGACGCUGUUUUCCGUGUUGAAACUGGUGAAAGACCGGCUCCAAGAGGACUUGAAGGGUCUGGUCAAGUUGUGCGUGACCAAACCGACCAAGAACGGGGCGGGGCUCACGGAAACUUACAAGGCUUGCUACAAGGCCACGUUCGGCAUCGUCACGACCGACCGCGACGCCUUGCUGCGCAGCCUGCACCGCGCCCUAGUCGAAAUCGGGCGCAUCCUGAAGGACCGCGAAUAGAAGUGUUUUUUAUUUUCGCCGAUCCGGAUCUCUUUGUCUGUGAUCCGUUGUAAACCAUUUUAUCGUUAGGUAAUAAAUUAUUU